AUGCAUUGUAGGCUGAACCAGCCCGUGCCCUUUGCACUAGGCACUCUUGCACUCUUGAAUCUACUUCUCACUGGUUCUUCAUCCGCAUACCCGACCAAGGAACAACGCGAGGCCGAGUACGAUGCAAUCGAGGCCAGAUACCUACUCGGCCAGUCAAACGGCUCGCCGACAUCCCCGAAAACCCCAAGUCUCCGUCUGGCACGCGACAAUGACGAGAGAGAAUACGUGUCCGGUGAUUUUGUCAUUGACAUGACGGGAGUGGAAGACCCGCCGGAGGGUGAGGAACCAGCUCCCGUUGGCGAACAAUGUCGCAGACCGGAGGAUGGAGAUGUGGAGGUGAUAAACAGGGCUGGAAAUUACGUGGGUGAAAUUGGCAAUCGGGGCAAAAUCAAGGCAUUUGUCAAAGGCGUUGAUUGGCCCCAAGCAGGAGCAGCUCUGACGUCCAUAAUCGUGGAGGCGGCUUUGGGUUUCGCAGUACUCGAGGAGGAGGCAGCAGAGCAGGACGGACUCAUGGCCUUGCCCACUCUUAUUAUCGCUCUCCUCGCGGGCUCGAAUGCUCUGGCGAAAGUGACCCGGAAGAAUGCUGGCUGGUCCGAGAAUCCUGUGAACCUGCCGUCGUUUGCAAGCGAGUUGGGUAUCUUGGUUGUCAGCCUAAUACUGCUAUUCCAGGGCAUCCUCAGCCUUAUCUUCAAGGGGUUAGAGGUGCCUACGGAUUACAAGUCGGCCUUGAAACUUCACAGUGGGUUCCUAGCUUUGAACCUGGUCCAGGGAAUCUGGGAGGCUAGGGACAAAUCCGACAAGUCUACGGCCGCCAAAGGUUUCCAACAGCAGUUGAAGUUGGCGGGUUGGAAAGUACAGGACAAGGCCACUCGGGCGGCUACUCGGAUGCUAGAUGGUACCUUCAAUCUCUCAUGGGGCCUACUCGGGAAGCAGAUGACGAUGCCGCAGACAGACUUGAAGCUCACGGAAUUCGUGCCCAUGACGCGCGAGAUCAUGCGACUGGCGUUGACAGCCAACGCCGUGGACGAAUGUAAUCUGGGCGAUAAAGACUUCUUCGACCGACAGUCUGCGCUGACAGGCAAGUCGCCAAUGCAAUGUCGUGCGGAUUGGAAGACCCGGUUUGGGUACAUCUAUCAAACAAGCGGCGAGAUGGGCUUUGAGGAGGACGCUAAACCGCGAGAGGCCGAUGUCGUGAGCCUCGAAACUCUCCUGAAAUUGAACGACGGAGGAGACGACGGGGGGAUGAUGAAGACGAUCGCGGCUGAUGCGUCAGGAAACGUUGGUCCCAUGAUCAUCUUUAGCAUAUUGGUGGGCGUCACGAACGGGGACAAUUCCAAAGCCCGCAAAGCCGCGGGAUGGAGCAUCUUCGGCUUCACAACUGCCCUACAGAACUGGUUUCUCGGCACAUCAUCCAAGGCACAACACAUGUUCUUCUUGACGCAGGUCCAGGAAAACCCCAAGGCCAUCCAGCUGCGCGACAAGAUCGAAGAGUCCAUGAAAGACGGCGACUUGAAAGAUUUCUCAGAAAAGGGUGUCAAGAUCCACGUCAUGGUCCUAUCGCGUGAUGGCGACAAAUACGUUAGCCAUCAGGGCCGCUUCACAAUCGAGAACUGCGACGACUGUAACGACGAGGAGCGCGGGGAACUCGAGAAAAAAGUCAGCGUCAUAGCCCUAAGCGUCAAUGUAUACCCCCCUUCUGUAUACCUCGACACGCCUGGCCACCUCCUUGGAGCAAUGUUCAAUUACCACACGCGGAAAGGAACUGUGCGCCGCGGAAUCUUCUCCUCUGAUAAGGAAGGUUCAGUAGUAACGGCCACAUGGGAAAACCUGGACUUAUUCUAUCCUCCUGACAAAUGCGACCCGGCAGUGGUUCUCAGUCAGUUGGAGAACGUGGGGAACUGCGACGCAAAGGACCCAGAUCAUAAGAGUGAAUGGGAGUAA